UUCUCUUCUUGUAGACAUCAGGCUGCACAUAUAAACUUAAUUUUAGAUUUUGGUCAAAAAUGGAAGUAAUUUCAUCAAAACGAUUCAUUUUAUUGACUUUAGCCAUUUCAAGCUCAUUAACAUCAGACAUCUUUUGUGCAGAUGAAUUAAUGAUGUCCAAUCUUCACAGCAAAGAAAAUUAUGACAAAUAUGUUGAGCCUAAAGGAGACCCUACAGGGAAAAAGGAAAGAAGUCUCAACUUUGAAGAAAUAAAAGACUGGGGUCCGGAACCCAUCACAAAGAUGAGUACACCCACAGUCAACAAAAUGCCACACCCAGCAGCCGACCUGCCAUUGAGAUUUGGGAGGACCACGGAAGAAAACAGAAGCCCUGGGGCAAUAGCCAGCCGGCCUCUGAGAUUUGGAAAAAAUACAAAGGAAAGCAUCUCGAGACAUGUUCCUAAUUUGCCUCAAAGGUUUGGGAGAACAGCAGAGAGUGUCGCCAAGACACUGGGCAAUUUGCUCCAAGAAUCCAUGCCUUCACUGUCGAAUGGGUUACUUUGCUCCAUGAUCUGCGAGCCCCAAGACAUCCAGAAUCCUUAUCAAAAGCACCUAAGGAGACUGGGAUUCAAGAAAAUGUAUGAUGCAGAAUUGAAACACAAAAAAUAGGAAAUCUGUAACUUGUCCCUGAAGAUGAUAUAAAGCUGUGGCCUGUAAUCUGCAAACGACUUUGUAGGGAAGCCAAUGAAUGAGGAGUCACUGUACUCUUUUGAUGGGUCAUCACUGAGAGCAAUUUUUCCUUGUAGCAGCUAGUAUAUUGAAAGUUGUAAAACAACAACUUAAAGCAUAUUGUAAAGUUAAGAUAAUUUUUGUCUAAAUAAAAAGAUCAUUGCAAACACUUAAGAAGCUUCUGGUAAUGGGGAGAGAGGGAUGGAGACAGAGAGAG